CGCAAAAAACGCAUCUUCCCUCCGUUUGCAUCUGCCACCACCGCGUCGUCAUCGUCACGUCUCGUAUAGGUUCCAUCGGAUCGGACAUUCGCAUUAUCGUUCCUCCGCGUGCGGUCGUAUAGUAGAAACGCUUUAGUGACUCAACUCACCAGUGGAAGUUCAGUAGUAGCAGCGUCGGCACAACAGUAAAAAGGUAGUGUGUUUGCGAGUUUUUCCUCCUGUGUGACGGCGGACGGACAGACAAAAAAGCGUUGAUCUUUUUGUGCGUCGCUUCUAUCUUACGGGUUUGCAGCACUUUCCCUGUCGUCAGUCGAGAGAUUUGAUGCUCACGGUCUAAAAAUAAUCAUUUUCUCAGAAGCAGUGAGUUUGUCACUUGCUCUAAGUGUCCGCGAGUCCGUGAAGAUCCCGAAUCGCGUUUUUUUUUUUUGGACAACCGCCGACCGUCAGUGCUGCUCUUGAACGCGCGUGUGAGUGUCACCCAUCUAUCUAUCUCCAGCAGAAAAAAUGGCCAACAAAAUCGAAGAGGUGCGAACGUCCAUCGAAACGUCCCUGAAGGACGACACCAAACCGUGGACACAGGCUUUCAAGCUGGCCGAAGAGAAAACCGGCGUUCCGAGGCUGUACAUUUUCCUGGGAGGUGUUGCCAUUGUGGUUCUCUAUCUGGCCUUCGGCUAUGCCGCACAGAUCCUGUGUAAUGCCAUUGGCGUGGCUUAUCCGGCGUACAUUUCCAUGAAAGCAAUCGAAACCCGCACAAAGGAGGACGACACCAGAUGGCUCACCUACUGGGUCAUCUACGGUGUUCUGUCGGUGUUCGAGCAUUUCUCCUUCUUCCUGGUGCAGAUCAUCCCCUUCUACUGGCUGCUGAAGUGCAUCUUCUUCGUCUGGUGCAUGGUGCCAAUUGAGAACAACGGAUCGACCAUCAUGUACCACAAGGUCAUCCUGCCAUACUUCAAGAAAUACGAAAAAAGUGCGGACAAUCUGAUCGGACAGGCUACUGAUAAGAUCAAGCAGGUGGCCGGUGACGUGAUCUCCAAGAAGCUGUCUUAAAGCACCACACCAUACGUAGCUCUUAUCAGAAUUUUUGUAGCAUGUUGCCUAGAAACUUAAGAUACUUUCCUUGUACGUAGUAUACAUAGCGACAACUAUCCGUCUGCGGUUGCAUCAUUUUCACUCAUUUUUACUAUAGUAUCUGGCAGGUAUUGUAAUAACAUCACACGCGAAAAAAAAGAACGAUCUUUUCACUAAAUGAAAUCCAAUUCGAUAGGUAUGUUUUCUCUUAUUCGAACAUGAACAAGGUGUUUAGCUUAGCGCAUUGAUUGUACAAUAUGGUAGUAUAUAUUAGACGGUUGAAGUAAAACGCCUCAACCGUGACGAAUCCUGGUAACGGGAUGGUAGGAUAAUUAAGUGAUCAUUAGCAACAACUUUUCAAGCCAAAAGCAUAAUCACCUGUGUACGCACUUGCCUUAAUCCAUCUUCUGCAACGCAUGUUACAAAUACUAUCGCAGGCCUAUUUAUUGAAAGUAAAACAUCAUGCCAUUAUUUGUUGAAAGUAAAAGAAAAACACAAGCAAACAUACAAUUGUAAAACAAUGCAAAAUUUCGAUUCUCAAAAGUAUCGAGUUGAACAGCACUUAGGAAUCAGCAUGCUUUACUCUUCGAGAAGAGGGUGCAGCAGUGGUUCAUGGAAAAGACACAUGAAAAGUAUGUUUAGAUAUUUUUAACAGAAAAAUGUAUUUGAAUUAUAGAAAAUAUGAAAGACAUAGUACCAUCAAAA